AUGUCUACCAAGCGGACUGUCCUCAUCACUGGCUGCUCCGACGGCAGUCUGGGCUCGCAUCUCGCUCUGCAAUUCCACGCUGCGGGCUGGCGCGUCUUUGCAUCUUCCAGAAACAUGGCAAAGCUUAAGCUUGCCAAGGAACGAUCAAACACAGGCAUCGAAACAAUCCAACUUGACACCCUCUCGUCCGAAUCUAUCGCCGCCUGCGAGUCACAAAUCAAAACCCUAACCGGAGGCACCCUCGACGCGCUCGUCAACAAUGCUGGCGCGGGGUACUCGAUGCCCGUCUCCGACAUGGAAAUCAGCAAAGCGCGCGACCUCUUCGAGCUAAACGUCUGGUCCCUCAUCGCCGUGACACAAGCCUUUCUCCCCCUCCUGCUGGCAUCCACACACGAAGACGGCGCCCUUUUGAUUAAUCACAGUUCACUCUCCGGCGUCAUCGCAGCGUCCGGCCCCAUCGCCGGCGCAUACAAUGCCUCCAAAGCCGCCGUGGCGAGUUUAACCCAAACGAUGCGCCUCGAACUCGCGCCAUUCAACAUCAAGGUCCUCAACCUCGUCACGGGCGCCGUCCCGCUCCACAUUCCACGUCAAUGCGCCGCGGCCGCAAUUACCACCUCACUCGCUAUACACGGUCGCGCGGGAGACUGUGGAACGCGCAAUGGACAAUGA